CACGCGCCUUUUUUAUGAAAUACAUUUACAAAAUUCUUUAAAAGUUCAGGACCAGCAGGCCUUUUUCUUUAAGUGAUCACUGCCAUUUAAGUGUUUUCAAAGUGUUCAAGUUGACGUAAAACGAAACUAAAAUAGACAAAGUGGAACAUUGUGAAAGUUUAUUUCCAUCAAAAUAGACAUUAUAUUUAUGCAAGAUCAAGUGCAUAUUUAAUAAGAACGUUGUUUAGCCUGGAGCUACACAUAAUAAACUUAAUUAUUAUCGUCUGUAGAAUUAAGCGUCGUCAUGUCUGUGAAUAAAGAAGAGAUCUUUGCAGAAGUAACCACUGAGGUGCGGGCGCUAAUCAUUAGUGGGGGCAAGCCACCAGUUCCCCUAGACGACGUUCUCAGAGACUAUAAAGAUGUCGUGGGAGAGCCGCUGCCAUUCCGCCGGUUGGGCUAUCAGAGCGCCCAGGCGAUGCUGGAGGAUACCAAGAACUUCAAUUUUCAGAAUUACGGAGGCACGGUCUACAUCACCGCCAAGUACAGCGAAAAAUCGGAUCACAUUGUGUGUAUGGUGCGGAAUCAGAAGAGCUCCAAACCUAAAUCCAAAGCACGCUCAAGGCCACCGCCACCGCCACAGCCACAGCCACAGCCACGCUCUUUCAAAGCCGCUCCAGCCAGCUAUCAUCAACAGAGGUCCCAGCAGCUGAAUAACAAUAACCAAUAUCAGCAGCAUCUUCAGCAAAGGAAACAAUUAGAGCUCCAACAGCAGCACAGCAGCAGCAAAGGAAACAAGUUGAACUCCAACAGCAGCAGCAGCAAAGGAAUCAGCUGCAACUCCAACAGCAGCAGCAACUGCAACAGCAAAGGAAUCAACUUCAAGAAAAGGAACAGCAGAUUCAGGAGCUGCAGGAGGCGUAAUUACUAUGACAAGCAGAGAGAGGAGCAGCAACGGCAGCUGGCAGAGAUCAGGGAGCAGGACGAGAGAAAACUCAGGGAGCAGGAAGAGUCCAUGAGGAAGCUGCAGCUAGAUCAAGAGCUGCUCAGACGCAAGGCCGAAGCCAAAGAGAGGCUGGAGAACUCUGCGCUGAAAAUCGUGCCUUUAAGACCAAGCAACGAGCAGCUGCUGCAGCACAAGGAAAAGGAUAUCCCUUCGAUAGAAGUCCUGCACGUUAAACCCGACAUGAAUGGCCAUCGCAAUGGUCAUGGCAGGGCCAUGGCGGGAAAGCCACCACAACGGCCCAUACUGGGCAACGGUGCGCCACAGCGUGGCGGUGGACCAGUGGCUGCCUUUGAUGCGAGCAAAAAUCGGGGACUGCAACAGCGAACCUCUGUGAACGAUAGACUGAAGAAACAACAGCAGCAGGUGCAGCCAGCGGUCACUCCUGCAGCCACAGCACCAACCAAUCCAGCGCCAAUGCCUGUUCCAGCGCCAAUGACUCCGCCUGCUACGCCAAAAGCUCCCACGCCAAAGGCCGAUCACAGAGCCGUGCGCAAGUCUCCGAAAUCCCAGAAUACAAACAAAUUUGUGUUCAAAUCGGAUGCGGCACUAGACCCGAUCGCCGCGCUGAAGGCUUACUGCGAAUUCAAAGAGUUGGAGGAGCCCAAAUAUCGUUCGACGUUCAACAGUCGGCCGAAUCUGAUCUGCUCGGUGAGUGUGGGCGCCUUUGUCUACAGCAGCUACCCCCAGGAGUUUGCUGACGAAUUGACAGCCCGCAAGGCGACGGCGUGGAUUGCCAUUCAAAAGAUUCAGGAGUCAGAGUCACGACAGCCGCUCACCAUUUGCACGCUGACGGAUCACGAGUUCAUUGACGGCCUGUACCGGGAGCUGCGGCAGUAUCCCAAUGGCAUAUUGGGCCACAAGCUGGAGGAGUGGUAUGAGCGAACGUUCAGCCAUCAUCUGCCCAGCCACUGGCACGAUCUGGUUGUGGAAUCGAGCAAGAUUCGCAUGGAGAAAACCAUCUCGUCGCUCAUUCUGCUGGCCAACGAACAUUGUGCUGCCUCUCCGCGAAGAGCAGCGCCCCAGCGGCACGAAAUACCCGAGCUUCGGCUGCCGUGGAUGAGCGAGUCGGAGCACAGCUUGGAGCGCCAUCACGGCUGGAGCUUGUACAUCACGCACUGUGACUCCACGAAGCAGAUCUGGGCUCGCCUCAUCGAUCAGAUAUCCAGCCUGGAGGAGCUGACGGUGCACCUGAACAGGCAUGUGGCGGUGCGCACACCGAUAACGGAUCCCCACGAGCAGGACAUGUAUCUGGUGGAGGUCGCCGAGGGCUGGAGUCGCGUGCGCGUGCUCUCCGUGGACGCCAAGCAGCGCACCUGCCGCUGCCACUUUGUGGACAUCGGGGACGUUGCCUCGUUUGAGUUUGAAGAUCUUGUUGCCUGUCCGCCGAGGUUCCUGGUGCUGCCCGCCCAAGCCAUCUGCCUGGGCAUGUACGCGCUGGAGAAGUUCGAGGGUCAUCCGCACGCUCAGGCUGUGCUGCUUAAGCAGCUCGCUGGCCAGCGGGUCGUCGCUCGCAUCCUCACCACCGAGAAGCAAUUCAGCGAACUGGGCGGCUGUGCCCAAGGCGUCUGGAAGGAUGAAAUGCGCAGCGCCUGCCUCGUGGGCACACUGUACGACACCUCGACGGCGGAUGACAUACACCUCAACGAUCUGGUGGCCAAUGAAAUCAGCCUGAACACACCAGCGCCCAUACUGAGUCCGGACCAGAAGUCCAACCCAGUGCUCAUCUCUCACAUCAACGAGGGCGGCGACCUCACGGUGCUGCUGCGCAACGAGGAUCUGCGGUUUGUGGAGCGCAGCAUUGCCACCACAGUGGCUGAAAUCGGGGAGCAGCAUCGCGUGACGCUGUCGGAUCUGCUGCGCGAUCGACUCGUGUUUGUCUGCGACGAGUCGGUGGAGGGACUGAAGCAGUGGUAUCGCGGCAUGCUCACCGCCAAGCCAAAGAACGCCGAUGAGGAGACCUUCGAUGUUUACUACGUGGACGAUGGACGCCUGCGCAAGACGCACAUUUCGAACAUUUAUCGACUGGAGGCCAACAAUCUCGCGCUGGCUGGGUACCCGCUGCUGGCGCUGCGCGUGCGCCUGCACGACGUGCCCGAUAUUGUCGGGGAUAUGCUGGGACGCCUGCGUGGACUAAUGCCGCCACGCAGCGAGGCUAUACUCAAGGUGAUGCAGGGAGCAGGCAGUGACCAGCUGCCCAUGGUGAAUGUUUAUGUGCGCGGCCAGGAUGCCAAUGCCAUGUACAUGUGCGUGAACAGCGCCAUACAAAUGGAGUUUGAAAUGCAAAGCUGCCCUAAAAACUAAACACAAACCAUAACAUAUCUGUUCUGAACUGUUGCCCUCUCAUUUCAAUGCCAAAAUAAUGCCAUUCUCUAUUAGUGCUUUCGAUAAGCUGGAAAUGAAAUGAUAACGCUAACCGCUAACCGCUAACCACCCAACCAACCCCCCACCACCACCAUUCACCGAUCAAUAAGUAAAUGUUAGCAAAAUAAAUGCAUCAACAUCAUCGAUUAUUGUAAGAAAACCUAACUA